GCAAUAUAUUAUCUAACAGCAGGCAGGCCCGUGAUCGAAGAUUGGUCCGUUUUGGCAUAUCCCUUGGCUCUGGGAGGCCGAGUACAGCUGGAAGAUGCACUCGACUUCUAUUCCGGGCCCAGCAUCCCUGAGAUAGCCUAUGGUCGUAGAGACAGCGACCUCAGAAUGAGACAUUAUGCAUGGGCAGCCAUGGAAGGAAGAAAACUCUGCGCUCAGCUUGAUCCAGCUCGACUGCCUGAUGGCUAUGUCGGAAAUGGCGGCUGGUUUUCUAGUUGUGUCGAAGAUAUAUAA